CGAAGCACUUGAGCUGUUUAGCCUGCGCGCCUUUAAAAAAGACCAACCUGACGAAGAUUUUUUGGAACUGUCUAAGCAUUUCCUAGAUUAUGCUAGAGGCCUUCCAAUAGUUCUUAAAACCUUGGGGUCUUCUUUGUAUGCGAGAGGUCAAGAUGCAUGGAAUAGUGUACGAGAUAAUCUAAGGAAAAUUCCUAUUCCAACAGUUUUUGAUUCACGCAAAGUUAGUUAUGAUGGACUAGAAAAGACGGAGAAGAGAAAUUUUAUCGAUGUUGCGCGUUUCCACAAAGGGAAGUCCAUGACGGAAGUAUUGAGGAAACUAGACAAUUCAUUUGGAAUUUCUAGUAGUAGUAUGAUAGAUGUACUAAUUGAGAGAUCUCUCAUAUACAAUGGUUACGGAAACGGGAUAUGGAUGCAUGAUUUGAUACAAGAAAUGGCAUGGGCAAUUGUUCGUGAAGAGUCUGAAGAGCUUGGUCUACGUAGUAGGUUGUGGCUUUCUGAUGACAUUUUUCAUAUACUUACGACCAAUUCGAUAAGAAGUUAAAUUCCAAGUUUGAAAGAAGAUAUGAUUUCUUUUGACACUAUAUUAGACUUGAUUGUCAAAUUAAUUUGUCCUUUUUUCUUAAUUGUUAGGGGUCAAGAGCAAUUGAAGCUAUAUCUUUAUGCCUAUUCAAUGUAGAAGAGGUGCCCCAAUGGAAUUGCGAAGCCUUCUCUAACAUGCAUGGACUGAGGUUUUUGGAAUUUACUAAUUUGAUCUUUUCUUCAAGCCCCAAAUUUCUUCCAAGUUCCUUGAGAAUUAUAAAUUGGAGUUCCUAUCCUUCCAAGUUUCUUCCAACCAGCUUUCGCCCGUACUUGCUUACUGAACUUAACAUGCCUUAUAGCAAUCUUGUUCGGCUUUGGGAGGGAAAAAUGGUAAGAGUGGUAUUAAAUAAAUCCCUAGUCAGUACUCAUUUUCUAAUUUUGUCCAAUGAUAUUGUAACACAUACUUAAUUAUUUAAAAAUAAUAAUGGACAUUAAAAGAAGAACAUGUGACAUUUUCUUAUUGGACCAAAACAAAAAUGAGUCUAGAGAGUACUCACUAAUGAGUACCUAAUUAUUAUUCAUCCUUGAAUAAAUGCUAUGUAAUUUACAAAAUAAUCAUUUACUUUUUAUUUAUUUAUUGUUUUGAAUAAAUUUUAAGAUUGUAGAAGCCAAAUAUAUGAUCUGAACCUUACAAUGUUGAACAAGACUUGCCCAAGUUGAAAUAUCUCCAUCUUCGCUUCUCCAUGAAAUUGAUUAAUACCCCAAAUUUCAGUGGUGUUCCAAAUCUUGAGAGGUUGGAUCUUAUGUAUUGUAAAAAUUUAGUUGAGAUUCACCUGUUUGUUGCAUUCCUCAAAAGACAUAAAAGUUUGAAUCUUAGGGGUUGUGAAAACAUUAAGAGCCUCCCAAAUGAGUUUGAAAUGGUUCUCUUGAAUCUUUAUGGCUUGGUGGCUGCUCAAAUGUGAAAAAGAUUCCUGAAUUUGGGGAGCUGAUGAAGAAUGUGUCUGAGAUGAUCUUAAGUGAGACAGCAAUCGAGAAAAUACAUUCAUCAAUUGGACAUCUGGUGGGCCUUAAGGAGUUGUGUCUAAUGGAUUGCAAAAAUCUCUUGAACCUUCCGAGGGCUAUUUGUAAUUUGAAGUCUCUUAGACAUCUCGAUGUGGGUGGAUGCUCGAAGAUUGACAAACUCCCAGGAGACAUGGAUCACUUAGAGAGGCUUGAUUGUCGAGACACAAUGACAGAGCCGCUUGUGGGUAUGAAAAAUCUCAGAUUUCUAGUAUUUGAGGGAUCGGGCGCUAAAGCAAGGGAGCGGUGGGGCCAUCUCUUGUCAUUUCGACUCGGAAAGAGUCGUCCUGAUCCUCCUGAUUGGGGUUUGGUGUUGUCUUCUCUAAAUCGUUUACACUCUUUGAGACAGUUAUAUCUAGUAGAUGUUGAACUCUGUGAAGGAGAUAUCCCCGAUGAUAUUGGCUGCUUGUCCUUUUUGGAAAGAUUGGAUAUUAGUGGAAAUAAUUUCGUCAGUCUACCUGAAAGCAUUAGACACCUUUCUAAGCUCAAGUAUCUUGGUUUGGAGGGGUGCAAAAGCCUUCAAGAAUUGCCACCUCUUCCAUCAAAUGUGUAUGUAUAUCUAGAUAAUUGUACAUCCUUAAAAAGAUUGACAGAUGCAUCCAAGUUGAGCAGCAGAUUCACCAAUUUGUAUGACUUUGACUUCACUUGCAUGAAUUGCAUUGCAUUGGUUCAAGAUGAAGGCUGGAUUAAUACAAUACUCUCAAGGAUUCCAAGAUUUGCCACUCAUCAUGCGGUUCCGCAACCACAUCCCUCCAGAGUGGCUCCAAAAGUUGUAUGGCCUGGAAGUGAAAUUCCAAAGUGGUUCAGUAAUCAGAGUGUGGGAAAUUCAGUAAAUAUGAAGCUUCCGCCACCUUCAUGUACCGACUGGCUGGGGAUUUUGCCUUUUGUCUUGUUUUCCAAAACUUGGUCUAUCCAACUGUCCCUUAUCAUUCUGAUUACAUCGGUAUUUGGUUGUCAAAGAGAUGCGAAAGUAGUAAAGUAGGGUCUUGUGUGUCAGAACACCUUUUGGUAUUUUAUUUCCCUCGUGAAUAUUGUCCUCAAGAACAAAUUUUAUUCGAAACUUACGUUCGUGUUUUUAAAGAAAAAGCAGACUUCAAUAGUGUGAAGAAGUGUGGGGCUCGUUUGGUGUACAAGCAAGAUUUGGAAGAACUAAACCAAACGCUGAAAAUCCUAAAAAGAACACAUGAAUAUAGUGACGAGGAAGCUUCAAGUGGACUUGGAAGUGCUAGCUUCAAGGACACAGAACAAAUCCACAAAAGACAUUGUUACUAGUCACCUUAUAAUAAAUGUAGGCAAGUCCCCAUCGAUUUAUCCCAUCAGCUUUAUUUUCUUUAAAGAUAUUUUUUGCUUUGCCAUCUUAGUCGGUGGAUUCAAUCUCACGAGUUGUAAAGAAGAAGAAAAAUCUGCUUAAUUUCUCAUUGCAACAGUUUUCAUUUCA